GGUGAGACCUCCGUGUCUGUGUCCCUCUUGCUGGGGAAUGCGAGCCACGGCGCGGUAAAGGAACCUCUCCGACCCGUGCUCCGCUGCUGAGAGGGAUGGGGCGGAGCAGGAGGCCUUCCUGGAGGUCAAGCCCUGCCUCCACCCCCGCCUCUUCGGUUUGACCACUGUACCUUUCUGCCGUCCCAUGCUUCCGCUUCGCGGCCGCGGUGUCCUAGGCCAAUGAGCGUGUGGGGGGCGGGUCCUUUGAUGCAAUGAGGGCUCAGGGGCGGGGCCUUCACAGGCGCAGGAAAUGGCGGCGACCGAGGAGCCUCAGCCCGCCCGCCGUCGUCAUGCCGUCCCUGUUGCUCCAGCUGCCCCCGCGCCUAUGCCGGCUGUGGCCCUGUAGCCCUCCCACCCGACUUCUCACAGCCGCCACAGGACAGCGGUCUGUCCCUACUAAUUACUAUGAACUGUUGGGAGUGCAUCCUGGUGCCAGCGCUGAAGAGGUUAAACGUGCUUUCUUCACCAAGUCAAAAGAGCUACACCCUGACCGAGAUCCUGGGAACCCAGCCCUGCAUAGCCGUUUUGUGGAGCUGAAUGAGGCAUACCGAGUGCUCAGCCGUGAGGAAAGUCGUCGUAACUAUGACCACCAGCUGCAUUCAGCCAGUCCUCCAAAGUCUUCAGGGAGCACAGCCGAGCCAGGGUAUACGCAACAGACACACAGCUCCUGGGAACCCCCCAAUGCACAAUACUGGGCCCAGUUCCACAGUGUGAGGCCACAGGGGCCCGAGUCAAGGAAGCAGCAGCAUAAACACAACCAGCGGGUACUGGGGUACUGCCUCCUGCUCAUGGUGGCAGGCAUGGGCCUGCACUACAUCGCCUUCAGGAAGCUGGAGCAGGUGCAUCGCAGCUUCAUGGACGAAAAGGAUCGGAUCAUCACAGCCAUCUACAAUGACACUCGGGCCAGGGCCAGGGCCAACAGAGCCAGGAUUCAGCAGGAGCGCCAGCAGAGGCAUCAGCCUCGGACAGAACCCUCCCUGCCUCCAGAAAGCCCCAGGAUCAUGCCCCAGGACACAAGCCCGUGAGAGGCUUACCUAGGUGGGACCUGUAUUGGUCCGCUCCUUGUUGCCUGUUCAGGACUACACGUGCAAUAAACUCGUUUUCAGACUCC